UAACUAGUACUCGGGGAAAGUGAGAGUUUGCGUUGUGUGAAAUUGUUUAGAAUUUCAACGCAGUUCCCAGACUAAUGUAGUUGCUAGCUAGCUGGCUAGCUGAGGUGUUGAAUGCUUCUGUUAGCUAGAUCGCUAUUUAGCUAAUAGUAACGAAGCUACAUGUAAUUAAAUAUAACAUCCGAGUUCUGAAACACUAUUGGUGAUUACCCGUAGUGAUGGCAGUUGUUUUACAUUAGUGAGAGUAUUACGAUCUGCCCUUUAUCCCUGAAGCCGGUAACGUUCGCUAACAUUGCCUUGCUAGCAAGCUAGCUAACUAGCAUGUAUUUUUCAACGUUUCUUAUUCGCUAACGAACGUUAGCUCAGUAUGGUUAGCUAAAUUAGCUUGUUAGCUUCAUAGCUAACGUUAGCUGGUUGGCUAACUGUUAGCUAGGUAUAUGGCAUGAUAAAAUUGGCUAACGUUUUCAGUGCUAAUGGUAGACAGUUGUUUAGCUAUUUGUAGGCUUUCCCCAAAACUAGUCGAGUGUUUAACCAUGUAGCUCUAACAAUAGCCAGUUAAUCGCUUUUGAUCGAGAUGAAGUCGGGAAAUUGUGGAACGUUGGAUUUCGAUAAGAAAGGGAAGAAAGACGUGUGCCCCGUUUUGGACCAGUUUUUGUGCCAUGUUGCGAAGACCGGAGAGACGAUGAUUCAGUGGUCACAGUUUAAAAGCUAUUUCCUCUUCAAACUGGAGAAGGUGAUGGAUGAUUUUCGAGCUUCGGCCCCAGAGCAGAGGGGGCCAGCCAAUCCGAACGUCGAGUGCAUUCCUUUUGAAGAGAUGAAGGAGAGGAUACUCAAAAUAGUGAAUGGCUACAAUGGAAUCCCUUUCACCAUCCAGCGCCUGUGCGAGCUGCUGACGGAGCCCAGGAGGAACUACACGGGGACGGACAAGUUUCUACGGGGGGUGGAGAAGAACGUGAUGGUGGUCAGCUGUGUUUACCCCACGUCUGAGAAAAAUGGAUCCACCACUGUGAACCGGAUGAACGGGGUCAUGUUUCCCGGGAACUCGUCGACUUAUUCAGACAGGAAUGUGAACGGGCCAGGCACACCCAGACCACUCAACCGACCAAAGCUCUCCCUCUCCAGCUCGCUGGCCACGAACGGCCUUCCGGACAGUACGGAAAACAAGGCGCCGGCCACAGAGAUGGGAGACGGCAGCCCUCUCAGCGAUUCGUCCGUGUCAGAAGGAGACGGCACCCCGGGGGGCCCUCUGAAGAACAAACACCAGGAGGACGAGGACGCCAUGGAGGCCGAGCAGCACGAGGUCAAGAGGCUCAAGUUCGACAGAGACGAGGACGACGAGGACGACGACGAGGAAGAGGAAGGGGGGAAGGAGGCGGCCUGUCCCGCCCAAGCAGAGAGCUCGUCGGAAAUGCCCGAGGAGGCGGAGUCUUCCUCCGACGUGCGCGAGGAGGGCGAGAAGAACAGCGAAGCGGCCAGCAGCGUCACGUCUGAAGACCAGGAGCCCUCCAGCACGCAGACGGAGCCCUCCUCAGGAGGCAGCCGGGAGGAGGAGGAGGCGGCGGAGAGGGAGGUGUCCUCGGCCUCGGCGGAGGCGGCGGCGCAGGAGGAGGGCGGGGAGAUGGACCAGUCCCAGCAGCCGGCCCCGGCGGACAGCUCUCCCAGCCCCGAGGCUCAGGAGGGGAGCGAGGCGGGAGACCCGGUCAGCAGCAGCAGCAGCAGCAGCAGCGAGGACAGCGCGUCCGGAGAGCCCGGCUCCUCCAGCAGUACGCCCGAGUCGGCAGCAGAGGGCGCCGCCGAGAGCGGCACGCACGUCGCGGACACCUGCGAGGAGCCCAUGGAGCAAGACUAGCGACGCUCCCUCCACUUUAUACACUGUAUCAGACAGCAGCCGCGAGAUCCAUGUAAAAAAACAAAAAAAAAACAAACAGUGGACCUUUAGUUUCCAUGGAGAGGGCUGCCCUUCUACGGGCUCCCUGAGGGUUGGUUGGAACCCCAGCCCCCGCCUCCAGAAGGCCACUCGUCGGUGGUUUGUGUAUAGAUUUUUUUUCUCUUUUUUUUUUUUUUGCAAUUUAAAAUGUUUUCCAACUGGAAAGUCGUUAUUUUGACAGUAAUUUUUUUGAAGCUCAUGACAUUUGUUUCCAUGCAGGCCUUCUUUCUGUUCCCGGCAGGUUUUUCCACUCGGUCGUCCUUUCAGCAUUUGUCACUUUGGGUGUGUGUACCUCUUCGUUUGUACGAAAAAAAAAAGAGAGAGGAAAAAUAAGCUGCCUGGAUGCCUCCAUUUCACAUCGUGGUUCUCCGGUUCUGUGGGUUUGUGUGCGUCAGGAGUACCGGUGUGCGGGCGGGGUUGGGUUUGGGUGGGAGGGUGGGGGUUCUUGGGGGAGGGGUGGGAGGCCACUGUCCCCUGACCAGUUAACCCCUGUGUGUUUUCACCACUCUCAGACCAGGAUUAGAACACAUUCCAGGAGCGCUGCUUGGUCUGAGCACCCGGAGACGCUCCCCGCGCUGACCAGAGAUGCAGCUUCCGCCCGCUAAGUGCUCGAAAACAUGACUGAUUUUAUUUCCCAGAGGCGUUUUGUUUUACUCGAGUUUCGGUUGUAGCGUGAAUGCUUUAUUUUUUUGUUUUUGUUUUUUUUUUUAGGUUUGUAUAUUUGCAUCCAUUAGAGAAUGUUUGAUUUUUUGGGUGUCCCAGAAUUGCGUCUCUCUUCACACUAGCUCCCCCUUCUCUCCUUUUUUAUGCGCAGGUCAUCAUCGCAAAAAAAUUACACUGCUUGAUUGCAUCAGAUGGCAAUCUGACAUAGUAACUUUACCUUGUACAAGAGUCAGAUACAAGAUAUAUCAUUUUGGGGUGCAUUGAACCACCGUAAUUUAUAUGAACUUUUCAACCGAAUGACCUAUUUUUUUGAACAUACUUUUUUGGCAGCCAGUUAUUCUUAGCUAUGUAAUGCCAGCUGAAAGCACAAAGAUUGCUUUACUCACCUUUCUCAACUGUCACAUUGAAUACCAAGUUCUUUCACGUACAAAUACCCAGACAAAGACACUGGCUGCCAAAUUUGUACCCGUUUCUGCAACUGUACUUUUUUGAUAUUUAGAAUUUUUAAAUUUCUGUAAAGUAGAUUUUGUAGAUUGUAAUAAGUGUUCACUGCCUUUGUGAAACGGUAUAUAAUUGUAUAAUUUCUGUGUAAACUGAAUGCUUGGGCUUUCAAUACAGUAUUCAUAUAAAGCAAUAAAUGUCAAUGUUCUAA